CUCAUAUACCCAUCGAAACUCAUGUAACCCGGUUAUUUGAAAAUGAAAUGGUACACGCUGUAUCGGUAGAUUAUGAACAUUCUCCCUUUGUAAAUAAGACGGUGUUGGAAAAUGUUCAAUGUAGUCAUGGGUUCAUAGCAACGGUAUUGGAGGCUUAUAAUCGACAUCAGCAUUUACGUAUCACACCCGAUGAUGUAUGGUUAACGAUAGCCCAGGGAGUUUCUCAACAUGUAAAUUUAAACGUGAAUAAGUAUCGACACUUUUUCGUACAUAAUAAACAAAAAAUUUCCAUUAAUGCUAAUGGAAUAUUUGAUAGCGAACGUUGGUCGAGAAGAAUCGUUGGUGAUUGGCCGGAAUGCGUACGGUUAUUAGCAGAAAAGGCCGACAAGAAGGUCGAAAAAAUCAAUUUAAUGAAAUUAUUAGAGUGUGAUUAUUCUACGAGUACCAUUACGACGACAACGGCAAGUCGUGUCGUUCUGUUAAAUUCUCUUGAAACAAUUUCGCAAACACAGAUUGAUUGGACUUGUGGUAUACCGAAAGUUACAUUGGAGGGAACAUUAGGGGAUUGGUCACGUAUCCAAGAAAAGAUCAAUAUUUUAAGAAGUUUACCUUUAGAUUUGGAUUUUUGGUUUGACCGCUUAGAACCCAUUAUUUGGCAAUUAAUUGCAACUUAUCAGGGCAAA